UCUGAUAUUUUCCUAACGAACAACCUGAAACUAACACCAAGCCCACACUAAGCUAGUUAGUGAGUAACUAGUGUUCUGUCUAAGUUGUAUGUAUACUAUGGAUGAAACAGCACCAGAAUUUGAUCUUCCCGGAUUCCGCUUCCAUCCAACGGAAGAGGAACUGCUCGAUUUCUACCUGAAGAACAUUGUUUUUGGCAAAAAAAUACGUUUCGAUAUAAUCGGAUAUCUUAACAUCUAUCAUCAUGAUCCUUGGGAGUUGCCUGGAAUGGCAAGAAAUGGAGAAAGAGAAUGGUAUUUUUUCGUGCCGAGAGACCGGAGACAUGGCAGUGGAGGCAGGCCUAAUAGGACCACAGCAAAUGGGUUUUGGAAAGCUACCGGUUCUGAUCGGAAAAUCGUGAGCUUAUCGGACCCGAAAAGGGUUAUUGGAUUCAGAAAAACUCUUGUUUUCUAUAAGGGAAGAGCACCGAGAGGUUGUAAGACUGAUUGGAUUAUGAAUGAAUAUCGUCUUCCUGAUUCAUGCCCUUUGCCUAAGGACAUAGUGUUAAGUAAGAUAUAUAGGAAGGCAACUUCAUUGAAAGUGCUAGAGCAAAGGGCAGCAAUGGAAGAAGAAAUGAAGACAAUUCCAUCAUCAUCACCAUCCCCAUUAUCAUCAUCCUUUUGCAGUCAACAAGAGGACUCAGUUCCUCCAAUCAUUAUGCAACACGUGGUUUGGAAAAAGGAAGCAGAAGAUAUGGUAAAUUUGGGAGAUGAAAACAAUAAAAAUGAUGAAAAGUCAAAGAAGAUCAAUAAAGGGUCAUCUUGUUUACAAUUACCUGUGGGAAAUGAGAAACUGCCUGAGCUUGAAGUGCCUAAAUUUAGCAUGGAUUGGAGCCAAGACAACUUUUGGUUCAAUAGUCCUUGGUUUCAAAACUUGACUCAGAAUUUAACUCCUUAUGCCAACAUUUUAAAUUUUUAGUUCAUUUCUCUCACAAUAUGCAAGUAAGUUUUUAUUAUACGUAGUUUUGAUUUUUUUAACUUGUUCAUUAGGAAAUAUAUAUUAUACUUCCUACAAUGAGAAGUUAUUAUUUAUCCAUGUAACUCAAGAAGUAUUUUUCGGCUAGGUGAUUAUAAUUGUAAACGUCUAGAGUAUUUAUUAUUUUUCUUAA